AUGGAGACGCCAGCAGCAGCAGCAGAGAAGUGCCCGCACUACGGACGGCGCUGCCACGUGCUGGCCGAGUGCUGCAAGCAGUGGGUGGGCUGCCGCCUGUGCCACGACGACAAGUUCGGCGAGCAGCACCAGAUCGACCGCUUCGCCAUCAGGCAGAUGCGCUGCGACCUGUGCCAGACCGAGCAGCCCUGCGCGCAAGAGUGCAGCAAUUGCCACGAGAACAUGGCCGCGUACUUCUGCUCCGUGUGCAACCUCUUCGACGACAAGGGCCCGGAGAAGAAGGUCUUCCACUGCGACCAGUGCGGCAUCUGCCGUGUUGGAGGGCGGGAGAACUACUACCACUGCGUCAAGUGCUGCGGGUGCUACCCGCACUCGCUCGAGGCCAAGCACAAGUGUCUGGAAGGCUCCAUGCACCGCGAGUGCCCCAUUUGCCUCGAUGUGACUUUCGACUCGCUCGAGAGCGUGAAUGUGCUGCCGUGCGGCCAUGUCAUGCACGCGAGCUGCUUCAAGGCAUACGUCAAGCACCAGUACGAGCAGACUGCUGAGUGGAUAGUUCCCUUCGAUUGA